ACCACCACUUUUCCUUCGGGAGUGCAUGUGAGCGAGUGAAGCUAAGGGUCUUCUCAAGUGGCCUCCACGUUUUCCUCUGCGUACCUGGUUGUCUUCUAUUCCACCAUUUUCCGCGAAAGAAGCUUUUCUGAACAAUUCUGAGGUUCCAACCUGUCUUACAUUCAUGUCUCAGUCUUAGGUAAAACAUUUCUUCAUUUUCAGUUCGUUCGUUCGUUCGUUCUCAACCCUGCUUGUUUUCUGGCUGUCUGCUCAUUCUGCCCCUUGCCUUGACUUUUGGUUCUGGAGUAUAGAAGAUGAGUUACAAAUGUGGGUGAUAAUGCUGCAGGUUUGAUUUGUCUUUCUCCCUAAACUUUCUGCAUUUCCUUGAGGAUUAUACUGGAGUGUCCGCAAAUUUUCUUCGUAGGAGUUGUGGGUAUAUUGACUUUUGUUUACUUCUUCUAAGCCUCAUUCUCCUGAAUUGGGCCAUCCUGGUCAAGUUGAUUGUUGAAGAAAUUUGUGCAUUUCUCUGGGGGAAGACUUGAUCUGUAUUUUGUGGCUGAUUUCCGAUCUGGAAGGUUUUGCUUUGCCUACUGUUUUUUUUCCCCUGGGAAAGUACUGGUGACUUGAGGAUCGUUAAUUUUGUGAAAUAGAAAUGGAAAUAUUUUAGUGCAUUUUGAUCUCUUGGGAAGGUUACAUUGAUGGCUUCUCCAAAUUCUUCCCCUACUUCUGUGCCACCUACUUCUGCUGAUAAUUCCCCCUCAAAUUCUGUCAUAUCAUCACGGCCUCCCACUUCUUCUCCCCCAAGUCAAACCUCUAAUACCCCUGCUCCUUCAUCUCUUGACACUGCAACCCCACCUCCUUCCCCAUCUCUUUCUCCUCCCCCAGCUACACCACCACCAGCUUCAUCCCCGCCUCCGGCAUUGCCACCACCGGCUUCACCUCCACCUGAAACAUUGCCACCACCGGCUUCACCCCCACCUACGGCAUUGCCACCAUCACCACCUUUACCAUCGACACCAAAUUCUCCUCCACCAACAUCUUCAGCAUUGCCACCACCAUCUCCUCCACCAGCAUCUGCCUCCACCCCUCCUCCAACUGAGAAUUCACCUGCCAUUUCAAAUUUGUCCCCACCACCUCCUGUUGCUGGUUCUCCUCCUCCCCAAGCCUCAAAUGAAACUCCCGCAGCCAAUCCACCUCCCUCUCGACGCAAUUCACCUCGUCCUCCUCCCCCUCCUCCCCCUCCUCCAAAGAAUGUCCCAAAAUCACCAUCCCUCAGUUCCCCUCCUCCACCUCUGGGAAAGCCGCCAGAAAGUACUCCUUUGCUCACUCCCCCGCCAUCUGUUUCAGAAUCUCCUCCUUCUCCUUCUGCAGCUGAUCCCCCUCGAUCCACUACACCAUCACCUCCUCCUUCAGUUCCAGCUGCUUCUUCAUCUCCACCAACUGUUUCACCUUCUCCUCCAACUAAUUCAUCAGCUGCUGGGAGUCCAAUUGCAUCCCUACCGUCUAUUCCAACAGAGAAACCAACUGCGAAACCAACUGGUGAUGCUAGUGUAACUACAAAUGCCCCGUCUACACAUGCAAAGGGGUUGAGUACAGGAGGAGGUGUGGCCAUUGGCAUUGUAGUUGGCUUUGUUGUCCUCAGCCUUCUUAUUAUGGCUGUGUGGUUUGUAAAACGAAAGCGGAAGGAAAAAGGAGCAAAAGUUGGUUAUGCUAUGACCUCUCCAUUUGGCUCAUCUCAGAAUUCAGGUACCAUAUUCUUGAGGCCACAAUCUCCGGUUCCCUAUUAUGGUAGUAACUCUGGCAGUGGGAUCAUUUAUUCUCCAUCAGAGCCUGGUGGAGUAAGUCAGUCAAGAUCAUCAUUCAUGUAUGAAGAACUUGUGCAAGCGACUAAUGGGUUUUCUGCACAAAACCUUUUGGGUGAAGGUGGAUUUGGUUGUGUCUUCAAAGGUAUGCUCACUGAUGGAAGAGAAGUCGCUGUGAAACAGCUCAAAGUUGGUGGCGGGCAAGGGGAACGUGAAUUCCAAGCAGAAGUUGAGAUUAUUAGCCGAGUACAUCAUCGCCAUCUGGUUUCCUUGGUGGGUUACUGUAUAUCGGAGCAUCAAAGACUGCUUGUCUAUGACUAUUUGCCCAACAAUACCCUUCAUUACCAUCUUCACGGUGCAGACAGGCCAGUUUUGGAAUGGGCUACCAGAGUCAAGAUUGCUGCUGGUUCAGCCCGUGGAAUAGCUUACCUACAUGAAGACUGUCAUCCACGCAUUAUUCACCGAGACAUCAAGUCAUCAAACAUCCUUCUUGACAGCAAUUUUGAAGCUCGGGUUUCAGAUUUUGGGCUUGCAAAAUUAGCCUUGGAUUCAUACACACAUGUAACUACCCGUGUAAUGGGAACCUUUGGGUACAUGGCACCAGAAUAUGCAACAAGUGGGAAAUUGACUGAAAAAUCUGAUGUUUAUUCCUUUGGGGUUGUGCUUUUGGAGCUAAUUACAGGUCGGAGGCCUGUGGAUGCCUCUCAGCCAAUUGGUGAUGAGAGCCUGGUUGAAUGGGCUCGACCUUUGCUAACUGAAGCACUUGAUACUGAAGACUUCGAAAUAUUGGUGGAUCCAAGGUUAGGGAAGAACUAUAACAGAAAUGAAAUGUUCCGGAUGAUUGAGGCAGCGGCAGCCUGUGUGCGUCACUCUGCUGUGAAGAGGCCACGAAUGAGUCAGGUUGUGAGAGCUUUUGAUUUGUUGGAUGAACUAGCAGAUCUGAAUAAUGGAAUGAAACCUGGGCAGAGCUCAGUCUUUGAUUCUGCAGAGCAAAAUGAACAAAUCAAAAUGUUCAGGAGGCUGGCUUUCGGAAGCCAGGAUUACAGUACCAGUUAUUUCAACGAGUCUCACAGUAGCUGGGGAAGUAGAGAUCAGGAGCACCAGACCACUACUUCCUUCUCCCAAAAUAGGUCUGGACCUUGGAACGUAUAAAGAGAUCUUCUGUACUUGAGAGGAAUCAAACUAGAGAGGGAGAGAGGGGGAGAGAGAGGAGUGGAUCCUACCUCUAAACAUGUAGGACCCACUAUUAUCUGUCUGUCCCUCUUUACCUCAUCGUGAAGUACUCCAGAGGAUCUCUUCCUACCAUGUACCCAGGGUAGCUGAUAAUGCUGAUGCUUUCUCCAGAGAAGUUGAAGCAUCUCUUGAUUCAGAUGAUUUACACGCAGCAUACCCACGUUUUCUGUAAAUUUGAUAGUAUUAUUAUUGUUCUUGUUCUUAUUCUUAUUCUUUUGGUUCUUUUCUUUUUGUUUUUUCUCCCCAUUUUGACAUGGUUUUGCUUGCCAUAACCUUUAUUUUUUUGGUACUACAAUAUCAAAUCUCUUGCAUAUCA